UCAGAUUCUGAAAUUGCGAUUCAGUGAGAAGGCGCCUCCAUCAUCAUUCUUAAGAAUCACGUAGAUGCGAGUGGAAGUAUUCACAUAGUAUUUUGAAAUGUUAUUGACAGUGAUUCUAGUUGGAUUUGUGGCGUUUUCAAAUGCCGCGCCAAGAUCUAAAAGUAAAGGACCACAGUUAGUCUACGACCAAAAACAGCAUGGUGAUUAUAAUAUACAAGUACAUCUGAAAGAUUUUCAGAUCAUUGCUUUGCUUGGAGAAGAAUCUCUUGGGGGUAUAGGGGAUUAUGACUACAAUUACGAUUAUGCUGAUUUUACCGUGAAACCUUCCUCAUCAAAACCAACACAGGACAUUUCUACUAGCACGUACAAACCGCCAUUAGAAGCAGAAUUCACCAGUACGAAACUUAGUACUACUUUGAAACCCAGUGAUGCGGAAACGAAUAAUUCAGUUUCUUCCACUGAAAAACCUCUUAGUUCUUUAGAGGAAGUGAAACCAGAGGAACAGAAACCAGAGGAACAAAAACCAUCAUCAUCAGAUUCUCCCACUAAAGAUCAGCCUUCUAGUACAGGAAAACCAGAAGGGACGACGAAAGAAUCUUUAGGGUCUCCAGCUGCUUAUGACAUUCCCGGACAAAUUCAAGUUCAAGUAAUUCAAUCUCUACGUGAUUUACAUAAUUUAAAUGAGAAGAAGGAACAAAGUGGCGAUAAAGAUUUUGCAGUAAAAGCUAGCGAUAGAAAAUGCACAACAGGGUUCACUAAAGACAAAAGAGGAAGGUGCCGCAGAGUGAGAAAGCCUCAAAGUCCUUUACCAUUCAAUUUUGGCCGACUUGUGAACUUGGCAAAGAGAUUUAGAUCCAACGAUGAAGAUGAUUCAGUGGAGACACCUACCUCAGCUAAUUUUCUCCCACAGCCACAUCAGAAUUAAGUAAUGAAAAAUAAAUCAAUUUAUAGUCUUAUCGAAGUGUGAUCGAAUUUUAAUUUAUUUAUUUAUUAAAUUAAUUAUAUCAUGAUAUAUUUUCUAAUUAAAGUGAUAAUAAAGAA